AUGGUGAUAUCUUGGAACCAGAGUGCAUUCAUUCCCAACAGGCUAAUCUCGGAUAACAUUAUGGUGGCUUAUGAGCUACUCCAUUCUAUGAAAUUAAAACAGAAGGGUAAGGAAGGCACUAUGGCUAUCAAGUUAGACAUGUCAAAAGCUUACGAUAGAGUGGAGUGGAGUUUCUUGGAAAAUCUUAUGCUUAAGAUGGGUUUUGGAAAGAAAUGGACUGACCUCGUGAUGGAGUGUGUUAGGUCAGUUUCUUAUGUUGUCCUUACUAAUGGUGAAGUUGGUGAGGUCCUUUUGCCAUCUAGAGAAUCCAAGGGUUUGAUCAAGGGUACUGCUGUCUCAAGGGGUGGUUUGAGGAUAAACCACCUCCUUUUUGCUGAUGACUGUGUAAUUUUCUGUAGAGCCAAAUUAAUUGAGUGGUAUCAAAUCCGAGAUCUUCUUGUUUUAUAUGAGAGUGCUUCUGGACAAACUCUGAACAAAGAGAAAACCAAUCUUUUCUUUAAAUCCAAUUCUAGAAUGGAGGCAAAUGAAUUCAUUUUGCAGCAAGUGAAUGGGGCAAGGUGUAAUGAUUAUAAUCGAUAUCUAGACCUCCCAACUGUAGUUGGAAGGUCAAAGUAUAACACUUUCAAGUCUUUAAAGGAGAGGACAUGGAUAAGAAUCAAUAGUUGGAACACUAAAUUCGUAUCUUCUGCAGGGAAAGAGAUCCUCAUCAAGAGUGUACUUCAGGCAAUCCCAGCUUAUAUUAUGAGUGUAUUCAAACUGCCUGGACUUCUCCUCAAAGAAAUGGAGAGGAAUUCACUGGAAAUCAUGGAGGGCAAUGGGGAUAGUCAAGAACCAGGGAGGCCUGGGGUUUAG